UUAUUUUAAGGGCAAAAUCCGUAAGAACCCUAAAAACAAAGAAGAAGAUAAGAAGAAAGCGGAAAUGGGCAUCAAGGAUCUUCUCAGAUUCAUGAAACCUUAUAUCCUUCCCAUUCACAUCCAGAAAUACGCCGGAAAACGAGUGGGAAUCGAUGCAUAUUCAUGGCUACACAAAGGAGCCUACUCAUGUAGUAUGGAGCUGUGUUUAGAUACUGAUGGUAGUAAGAAGCUGAGGUACAUUGAUUACUUCAUGCAUAGAGUCAACCUUCUUCAACACUAUGAGAUCAUCCCAGUCGUUGUUCUCGAUGGUGGUCACAUGCCCUGUAAAGCUGCCACUGGAGACGAACGUCAAAGGAAGCGAAAGGCCAACUUUGACGCUGCAAUGGUUAAGCUUAAGGAAGGGAAUGUCGGAGCUGCCACCGAGCUUUUUCAGCGAGCAGUUAGUGUAACAUCAUCCAUGGCUCAUCAACUGAUUCAGGUUCUGAAAUCAGAAAACGUCGAAUUUAUUGUAGCUCCGUAUGAGGCUGAUGCUCAGCUAGCUUACCUAUCCAGCCUCGAACUAAAACAAGGCGGGAUUGCUGCUGUUAUAACCGAAGACAGCGAUUUACUUGCAUACGGCUGCAAAGCGGUAAUCUUUAAGAUGGACCGGUAUGGUAAAGGGGAGGAACUAAUUCUUGAUAAUGUUUUCCAAGCCGUUGAUAAAAAGCCUUGCUUCCAGGAUUUUGAUCAGGAGCUAUUCACUGCAAUGUGUGUAUUAGCGGGAUGUGACUUUCUCCCUUCGGUUCCUGGUGUUGGCAUUUCAAGAGCUCAUGCAUUCUUCUCCAAGUACCAGAGUGUAGAACGUGUUUUGUCAGUUCUCAAGACGAAAAAGGGCAAACUAUUUCCUGAUGAUUACUCCAGUUCUUUUGCGGAAGCAGUUUCAGUUUUUCAGCAUGCUCGUAUAUAUGAUUUUGGUGCUAAGAAGCUCAAGCACUUGAAACCCCUCGCUGAGAACCUCCUGAAUUUAUCAGUUGAACAACUUGAGUUCCUGGGACCAGAUUUGUCGCCAUCUGUUGCUGCUGCAAUUGCUGAAGGAAAUGUUGACCCCAUAACCAUGGAGGCUUUUAACCGCUUUCCGGUGUCUAAGAGACAGUUGAAGGCGCCUGCUCUAUCAUUCAAGGAACAGGAAAAGAGAAGCUCCUUUUUGCAAUGUUCUUUGACUGAAAAUGAGGAAAGGAUAGAGCUCAAAAGGAAUGCAGAUGAAGCUAUGAUCGUUCCAGAAGCUGUUUUGAAGGAGACAAAGUACUCCAAACAAGAUUCAGAUCUACACAAACUGCUUUCGCAGCCUAACAGGGAUCAGAAGAUUAUUCUGCCCAGCAAUCCCUCACGUAUUCCGGACAAUAACCCGUUCAAGAUAAGAAAGACCGUUGAAAUCAAUCUGGAAUUUGCAGAGUACGGUUUGCAAGAACAUGAGGUGACCAAAGGCCAAGCAAUGGAUGUCUAUUCUUCUUCACCAAACUCUAAUGAACUCGACUGUGCAAUGGAUACAAAAGAGGCAAUGAUCGAUUUGUCCAAGCUUCAUGAUUCUGGAAUCAAACAAGACUCGGAGAAGAACAUAGAGAAGGAAAAAUUCGAAACAACAGAAGAAGAUAUAGUGGAAAUUCAGAGCAAUGUCAACAUUACAACAAAGCGAGUGCGUGGGGAAAAACCUAGAACCGAGAGUCUCAAAGUGAAAACAAACUGUAGAGGUUCAGAGAACAAGAAGACUACAAUCAAGAAGAAACACAGUAUAUUAGAUUUCUUUCAUCCAUUGUAGUAGUCUUUAUUUUUGGUAUGUAAUCUGUUCUUAGCUUCUUUAUAACUCUUACUUAAUAUAUGAUUAUUUGGAAGA